AUGGACUUCCUUCGUGACUUGUUCGUUUACCCCUACACCCGCUUCUACACCCUGCUUAAGGGGAAGAAGAAACUCCUGACAUCAACCCUCAACGCCGGGCAACCCAAGUCCGAAGUUGACUAUUUCACCGGCCUCACCAACCGGAACCAUGAUGCUCCUCCACUGCCAGAAGACCCCGUGACACGAGCUGAUAUCGAAGCCGUUCUGAAGGACGGCUUUGUAGUACUCGACGGCCUCCUUACUGAGGAAGAUAUCAAGUCUUUCCGUGAGGAAAUCGACCAUAUGACCGGCGAACACCCCAAGUUCGGCCGUCAUAUGUUCGAGGGCCGGGAGACCAUCCGUAUUUACUCAUUGCUCAAUAAAACUCGCAAAUUUGACAAGUGCUGCCUCUUUGACCGCGUUCUCGCGCUGAAUGACUACUUCCUUAUGAAGGGGUAUUGCCUGUCGGCUACUUCGAGUAUCCAGAUUAAUCCAGGCGAGAAGCCUCAAAUGCUUCAUCAUGAUGACGGAUAUACCUACCUCCCCCGUCCUCGCCCCCCUAUGGGCUCUGCUAUUAUGAUCGCAAUCGACGACUUCACUGAGAACAACGGCGCGACAUGUAUGGUUCCAGGAAGUCAUCUCUGGGACUCCAAGCGGCGCCCAACGUUGGAAGAAUGCGUGCCUACGGUUGGCAAGGCUGGGAGUGUCGUCUUCUUCCUCGGAACAACCUGGCACUGCGGCGGGCCCAACACAUCCGACAAGCCGCGUCGUGCAGUCACAGUGCAAUACUGCCAGCCAUACAUCCGCCCCGCUGAAAACCACUUUCUCGCUGUUGACCCGCGCCGACUGCCCGAGAUCCCUGAGGAUAUCGUGCGGAUGAUGGGGUAUGGAUUGCACAAACCCUUUAUCGGAAACGUCGACGGCCUCGAUCCGCUCAAGGGUGCGAGACGAAUGAUCGGGUGGUUUCAACAGCCGCUUGACCCUCAUCCUCCUGCUUUCGCGACUAUGGCUUAA